AUGAAGACUACAUCGGGCGCCAUUUGGUGGAUCAACAGUCCCAAGCGAGUAUCGAAAUGGGCAGAAAAAAAGCGAAAGCAAUCAGUAGGUGCCAUAUUCAGCCAUGACAUGGCAGAUCUAUUUCGCAACAUAUCGAUGCAUGGUUAUAGCAAGCUGGUGGACAAUACGCUGAAUUUAUGGCAGAAAAUUAUUUGGUUGACUGUGCAUAUGACAACGAUGUGCGCUCUGUUCACGGUCUUGUCACUGAUUUGGGAGCAAUUUGUCGCUCAGUAUAUUGUCAUCAACUUACACAAUCCAUUGUAUCCCAUUGAGUCGGUGCCAUUUCCAUCCAUUUCCAUCUGUUCGAACAGUAGAAUAUCAUAUCAAGCGGCUUUGGCGCACGCAAAGAGGCUCAGCGCCAAGGAUCCUAAUGGACGCACUGUUGACUACUUCAUGGAACAUUUGAAAUUUUUCAUUAGUUUGUAUUUGAAAAGCGACCAAGACGUGGAUCUUGACAUCUAUUCGAAUUUUCAAGCCUUCUUGGAUAUUUACGACACAUAUGAAAAUGAAACCUUCUACAAUACGCGAAGAAUCAUGCAAAUGCUCGCUCCAUCUUGUUCAAAUUUGAUCCGUAGCUGUAUGUUGGCGGGCAAUGAAAUCGAUUGUUUUAGUGCUAAAGCGUUUCAACCAAGUCUGACUUCAUAUGGACCUUGUUGCACUUUCAAUACAGGAGAUUUCUACCAAAAUCGUAAUCAUCGUAAUCGUUUUGCUAGCUCAGAAUUGGGAUUCACAGUCAUUCUGAACACCACUCAUCAAGACUAUUUUACACCAAUAUUUCCCGUUGAUGGCUAUAUUGUUAUUGUACACCAUCCAGCUGUAUUUCCUGAUGCAAUAUCAGGUGAAGCACAUGAACUGUUUCUAACCAAUAGCGCCGAGGCUUUUAUCUCAUUGCGCUCGCUGUUGGUCUUUACGGAACCGAGCCUACGUUCGUACAGUCCACAAACACGCAAGUGCUAUUUCAAUGACGAUUUUCCAAAGUACAUAAAUACCGGACAUUUUCAUUAUAGUUUGGCAAACUGCAUAACGCGUUGCCGCAUGCUCAGCAUGUUGGCACUGUGCCGUUGCAUACCAUUUUAUAUGCCUCUCGAAUUGGUGUCAGACGUAAGUGAUUUAGUGGUUUGUACAAUCUACCAUGCGCAUUGUCUGCUGAGCUAUAGAUUUAAAUGGAACAACGUUCUUACCCAACGCGAACCUAUACCUGGCUUAGCUCGUGCUUCGCAGGAGGCCCUUUUUUGUCCCGAUUGCUUGCCAGCCUGUGAUGAUAUUCAAAACGAAGUGUCACUAAUGGCUUUACCGAUCGAUCGCUUCAUAGCCAGCAGCACGGCAGGUGAAAUGCAAAAGAUUGGCUUGCAAGCCCAGAAUAUGUCGGUGUUACGCGUGUAUUUCGCUCAGACUCAUGCAAAGUAUUACAAGCGCAUGAUUGGCAAUAGCUGGUACGAGGCGGUGUGCACCAUUGGUAAUGUAACCUCCAUAUUUCUGGGUUUCUCAGUUGUUGCUAUUUUUGAGAUUGCAUACUUCUUCGUAAAAUAUAUGGCACUGGCUAUUAAAGCAGGCAUCAAGCAAAACCAACGUAAAGCGAAAAAGGACACAAAGCAAGGGAAUAAAGAGGAUAUGCAACUAUAUAUAUGUCCUUAG